AUGGGCCGACUCAAUCUCGCUGCGCUCCGGGUCAGGCGACGGGCAAUAGCCGAUUUCGAGACAGGACGGACCAGAAUGAAACCAAUCUGGUUGGAUGUAGUAGCUGAUAUCCCACCGGCUCAAAUAUUCACCCGUCAGCAGCCCAUUCAGCAUCCAUUGACCAAAAUCCGCAAAAAGACCAUUUCACCUCCUUCCAACUCAGAUUCACAACUCCCGGCGCGCACAAGUACCGAAGUGACAACCAUAAAACCCACUCGCAGCAAGAAGAGAGCCUCCCAGGUGUUCCAGCCGGUACCAAUUCGCUAUGAAGAAGACGAGCUCCGAAAACAGUUCUAUAGCGAUCAUCCAUGGGAGUUGGCUCGACCCCGUGUUGUCCUCGAGACAAGCGGCGAUAACUAUACCCACCGCGACUACAGCCGCAACGUCCGCUCCCCCAAUGCCCAAUUGAAUGGGGAAUCUGUGGUGCAGCGACAGCUCUAUCUAUUACACAAUGUGCCCGACAUAAAAGAAAGCCAAGCCUACGACAUGGCACGCAAGGAGUUCUACGCACACCGCCUGCGUGAGGAGAUCGAGAGGCGAGUUGCUGCUGAAGAGGCGGAAGCAGUCGGUGCGGACUUUGGACCGAGUAUCAACCAGAGGAGUAUAGAGCUUGAAAAUAAGACGUAUGACGAGUGGGCGAGAUGGAGUCGGCAGACAGUGUUAGAAAAUAUGCAAAAGAGCGCCGCUUUUACAGGACAAAUGUUGGAGGGUGGCGGGGGUGCUGGGGGAUUGGGAGAUGCAGUCGAUCAAGGGAGUGACGGGCAGGUCGGAGGGAAACGCUUUGCAGUUCAGUAA